AACACAUUUCAGUGACUAAAUUAUAUAUAUAUAUAUUUGAUAAUAGUUAGGUCACAGAAAAGGGCACGGUUGAAGCGGUGGUUUUUCAAAAUCGAAGAUGAGCAGCAGCCGUAAAGGUCCGCCGAAGCACCAGAACAAAUUCGCCUGGAAACCUCACGGCGGCGUCACCAUCAACCCCACCGAAGUCGGCGGGAGAUUCAGGCCGUAUUCGGAAAUAACAGGGGUUUGUUAUCGCUGCAAAGAACAGAUUGAUUGGAAACGAAAAUACGGCAAAUAUAAGCUCCUUACUGAACCUGCCAAAUGCCAGCGGUGUACUAAGAGGAAUGUUCGUCAAGCUUAUCACAAUGUCUGCCAUGGUUGUGCAAAAGAGCAUAAGAUCUGUGCCAAAUGUUCGUGCCGUGUUGACAAUACAAUUGGAAGAGAUAUUUCGGAAGUAGAAGCUGAGAAGAAGACAUUAGACGAGGCAAUCAAGAAUGCUCGGGAGAGGGAUAGGCGAUCCUUACUAAGAGCUAUGGAGAAAGGAAAAACUAACUCAGCUUCAAAUCAAAUCAAUGAUAACGAGUCUGAGGCUGGUGAAUUAUUCACCACACCGUCAUUUGAAGAGUUUGCAGAAUUCCGAAGAAACCAAGAGGAAGAUGACUAUAGCGAUGAAGACGAGCCCCAAAGUGUUGAUUCGACAGUUGAUUGCCGAAGUUACAUCUAGAGGGCCUUAAUUAAUCUUGUGUUUCGAAGUAUUAUUAUUGGCACAAUAAUCUUGUUAUUUAACAUUUUAACAAAAUUGCUUGCUUGUUCAAGAUCUUGAAAGAAUAGAGUCUGUAUUUAUUGGAGUGAAUAAAAAUUACAUAAUGCCGAAA